ACUGAUGGUCGCAGUCGCCGGCUAAGGUUCACUCUGUAUAGUCAAUGAGGAAAGAAUAAAAAAGAAAGGUUGGCAAAUGCAGUUCGAUGUUCGGUAACUAGAUCGCCAAGAGCCAUCUAUUGACUAAGUGACCUUGCGGCUGCUUUAUGAACUAGUAUAAAAUCCUCAAUAUCUCGUGCUUAUACCAGACCACCAAUUUUUUCCUUAGACUAAUCUUGUUUGUUUAUUACAAUGGCCAUGAAACCCGUGAAGUACUGUGUGGUGGAUGCCUUCACUGACGCAGCAUUCAAAGGGAACCCAGCAGCAGUUUGCUUACUAGAAGAAGAAAAAGAUGACAAAUGGUUACAGUCUGUUGCUACUGAGUUCAAUAUGUCUCAAACUUUUUAUCUCACUCCAAUUACCCUAACUAAGGCUAACCCCACAUUUGGCCUUCGUUGGUUCACUCCAGUUACUGAGGUAGAUCUAUGUGGACAUGCAACGCUAGCAGCAGCACACUUUCUAUUUGCCUAUGGCUUUGUUAAAACUGAUACGAUUGAGUUUUCAACAAAGUCAGGAAUUUUAACUGCCAAAAGAGUUCCAGAAGCCCACGCUCCAAAUUCUCAGGACGACUGGCCAACAGGUUACUCAAUUGAAUUGGACUUUCCUGUUUUAAAAGUAGCCGAGACCAAUUUUGCUGAUGUUCCUGCAGUUUCAAAAAGCUUGAAUGGUGCAUCUGUGGUUGAGAUGAUUGAGACAUCUAAGAGUGAUCUUUUUGUACGUAUUUCAUCUGGUACAAACAUGGACAUUCAAGAAGGAAUUUUUUGUUCCAUUCUUUUGGAAAAAAAUGAUGGGAUUUUACUCCCAUCAGGGGAGGCAGUGGUCGAAUGCCAACCUCAGUUUGAUCAAAUAAAGAAUUUCCCUGGCAGAGGAAUAAUAAUAACCGGACCUGCUCCACAGGGUUCUGGCUUUGAUUUUUAUAGUCGCUUCUUCUGCCCAAAGUUCAGAAUUAAUGAGGAUCCUGUUUGUGGAAGUGCUCAUUGUGCUUUGGCUCCUUAUUGGCGUAAAAAGCUUGCCAAAUGUGACUUUGUUGCUUUAGCGGCCUCACCUAGAGGUGGCGUCGUGAAAGUGCAUCUUGACGAGGAGAAUCAAAGGGUAUUUCUGAGAGGGAAAGCUGUUGCUGUCAUGGAAGGUUCUCUUCUAGUAUAAUGUAGCUAGGAGACAUCAUAAAUUUAAUAAAUUGGUGGAAGUUUGUGUUUUCUUGAAUGAAAACACCACCAACUUUCUAAAUUAUCUAAAUUGGUUUUGGUUAUGUACUUCACUGUGACUCUUGGAGCAUUUGUAAGUUUCCAGUGUGUUUAAACAUUUACUUCUGUAGUUCUAUGCUAUGUUUUCAUUAAUAAAAUCUCCAUCUUUUCAAACCA